CGAUGGAGUGAAAAGAGAAGGAAAUACAAAAACCAUCUGGCCCAUCGCCAACCCAAGCAGGAAUGAUGGGGGCGAUCGCGUGGAACGAGCGAGAGGGACGCAGAAGGGAACACAGUAACCGUGUGCCACGACGUGAUUAUCAUCGGGGUGUUGAUGAAGAUGAUGAUGAUGCCGAUUGCGAUGCAGAUAAUGAUGAUAACGAGGACGGUGGCGAUGUUGAUGAUUACGACGAUGUCGAUGAUGAUGAUGACGAUGAUGUUGAUGAUGUUGUUGAUGAUGAUGAGGAUGAUGAUGAACAUGACGAUGAUGAUGGUGUUGAUGAUGAUGAUGAUGACGAUGACGAUGACGUUGACGAUGAGGAUGAUGCCGAUGAUGAUGAUGAUGAUGACGACGAUGAUGAUGAUGAUGAUGACGAUGAUGAUGAUGAUAAUGAUGAUGGUGGUGCUGCGAACACCCCGUUCUACAACGACCUCCGGCGGCAGGGCGGGUUUGUUUUCGGUCGAGAGUUCUUCGACCUGUUGGAGGACAAGGACAUCGCCCUCGACGUCCCUUGCGAAGUCGGCCCCGAUCUGGAACUGUCAAUGCCUUUGCAGCUGUGCGGAGGUUGUGAGUCGAGCGAGGCAGCGGGGGAGGGGGGGGAUCUGGGUUCCCGCGAGGCUACACAUGUGCAGCGGGAGGAUGCCAGAGGUCAGUUUGACGACAUCGAAGAUAAGGCGAUACCGCGUCCACCGUUUUCGGCGUCGAGGGAAAGAGACCGGUCCGUGUUGUCCAUACCUGGGGUCCGGCUACAGACCCCGGUUCGACAAGAGGUCGCAGCGGAUCCCGGAGAAGAGGCAGUCCAGUGUGGGUCCGACUUUGAGCCCGGCGAGGGCCAUGGCGCGGACGACAAGGCCGUGGGCGGUGAGGGAGCACAGGGGACUCCCCAAAAAAAGAGGGGAGAUUGUCAAGAGGACUUGGUAGGAUCUUCGAAGAAACAGAAGACCAGGACCCCGAAGACAACGGGAGAGAAACGGAAGCGAAGGGGGGUGGAAGAGGACCACCCGGGUAGCAAACGUCCGACUUCAAAACAGACACAGCCUGCGUCAGGACCUUACACGACAAGGCCUGCCAUCGACGUGGACGCCGGGUACUUCCUAGAGUACAAAGACGGCGUCAGGACAAGGCGGGAGUUUGAGAUUAGCCCGGCUCAGAUCGUCGACCUCGGGGAGUGGGAGGAUCUUUACAACCAGCGGUCGCUGGAUCCUGUCCUCGUGGGAACGAUAAAAGAAGCAAUGCAGUAUGCAUUCGAAAAUAAAGAGCAGACGCACGACUUGCCGAUCUUCAAGCUCGCACCACUGGGGCUUCAAAAACCAACUCCCGGGACCAAGGCUCAACCCCGGUCGCUGCUCGGGAGCGAGGUGGCCAAGAAGUACAAUUUCGAGUGGUGGCCGGCGCGAAUGCUUUACUUUUUGGACGACGACUUCGAAGGGUAUUUUCUUGUUAGUUCACAGGACCACAAGAAGGACCUGAAGGUGCCUCCCAGACAGUUGAAGUUGUCUAUGAAAGACAUUCGGUGGCAGUGGAAGCAUGACGGCUGCCCGAGAGCUGUGAUGGGGAACCCUAGCGGGAAACAAAAUCAGGUCCGGGCUUGGCGUAAGUUUUGUACAACGGCGCUCCAUAAGGCGCCUCACAACAACUUGUGGAUUCUCGCAGAUCAAAAGGAAGAGGAGGCCCUUAAGAAGCAAAAUGCUGCCCUGCGUUCUUAUUUCCCUCUUGCGAUGGCCGGAGAAAAUAUCAGGAAACUGGCCGUGGAAUUUUUCAAAAAAUGGGAGACGGGUAGAUUGUUGAGCCACGACGGAGCGAGGUGGAUCGUGAAAAAGAAGAAGGUCAAAAAUGUCAAGCCUGGGGUCGCCUACAUCCACAACGACAAGUUGGGCAGAACUGAGGUGGUGUACAACGUCCUCGUGGACCCACCGAAUAAGAAAGGCAAAAAGGAGAAAGAGGAGGGCGAUUGGUUCGUGGAAGUGCCCGACCCGGACGCACAUUGUUGGAAAGCAAUGGAAUCACUCCCGGACAAUGAGAAGUGUCUCGUUCUUAAGAAAGUGCUUGCUUGCGAGGUCAUUUGGGUCCAAGCCGGCUCCCCGUCGUUGGCGAAGUUGGGGAAGUUCAGCGUGCAGGACAUGGUGCAGCUGGUGAAGUGCGACCGCGUGCUGGUCCGGUUGUGGAAUUACUACCAAUUCAAACACGAGAAGAGGUCGGACGCGGAUUGGAUCCAAAGGUACCCUUUCUUGAAAUCGAGGUCUGCAGUGUUCAAGAAGUUUGAAAGUCAGGGAUUGGAUGACGAGUUGUGGGAUAACAGCAGAAAACACGUUUCCGACUCGGCGUUGUUCAAGGACUGCCCGCCGUACAUGGGUUGCGACCAGGACAACUCGAUUGUGGUGACGAAGAAGUUGGCGGGACACAAGAAGUUGUCCGUCGACUGGAGAAACAAGGUUCUCUCCGUGUUGAAUGGGAGCAGACUGAAGAGCCGGGAGGUCGCCCUUGCCGAAGGCAUUGUUCACAUUAAAUGGAAAGACACGGGGGACGUGACAUCCAUCGCGCCAUUCGCUAACGACCUUUUGGAGGUGGACAUAAGGGGCGCAGAGCUGAAGGAAGCAGUGGCUGCCACAAAGAGCCACACGUUCGUCCUCGAUCUGUGCGAGCCGAUUGACCUCAAACUGUGGAAGGCCCAACCGUGGGAGACUUUGGAUUCCUAUCUUCAGACGUGGUGUCCGUCGCAUUGGACUCUCGUUGUUUUCGUGUCGCAGCAGCACAACCUCACCGUGACGUUUCUCGCCAGCAUGCACCAUCUUUCUUUCGUCAAGCUGUUGGAAGGGAAGUGGGGCAGUGUCUACGGGGAUAUGGAAUGCAAUCCGACACAAUUCAUCGGUCUUCUUGAUUUCCUUGACAAGAAGGGAGAGGGUGUCGUGUUCCUUGGGAAACCGCACGCGCGAAGCGUCUGGGAUCUUCUGAAGUUCGGCCAACACGUUGUCGCGAUGGAAGGGAACGCCGAGCUCUUGCAAUUCACAAUGCAGGUGGUGAAAAGCGAGGUCAAUUCGGGCGCGCACAAUUGUGAGUUCAUGGUCGUGAAGCCAACACGGGAUAAGGACAAGUGCUGGUUGGAAUUGACGGAGGACUACUACGACCUCGACACGAGUCCGUCGAAGGGCAUGGUGGACUGGAAAGUGCCCCCUCCCAGUUGCCCGGACGGUGGUUCCGGGGGGGGGGCACCUGGAAGUGGAGGGGAUGGGGAUGGUGGCGCGAGGGGUGGCAAAGGAAUCCCGCCUAGUGGGGAGAGGGGGUCUCACGGCCACAACACGAUACCGGGAGGCAGCGGCGGGGUGGCGGGUUUCGCCGUCGACUGGCCUCCAUCGACAGGCACCUGGCCGGAGCAUACGACACAGUCCACCGACCUCCCGACUUCGUUCGUGGGCUCAGCGAGGGACACGUUGGCAGCUUUGCUUGCUCUGGACAGUCGCUCCGGCGGAAAGUUGAAGUCUGCCGGGAUCCGAACUACGUCCGCUGAGGAGCCGCCAGAGAGGUCCGGAAUGCAAACCCGUUCGGGGUCGGGGGAGCCAAGCAAGGAUCCCGAAAUUGGCAGCAUUGCGGCGCGGGACGGAAACGUGGGAAAGGUGUCGCCUGAGCAGGAGCGACGACCGCAAGGAUUGCAGCGAGAGGCUGCAGGUACAGGGUCCGGCGACACGGAGACGACGAAGUCCGCCGAGAUCCGAACUUCUUCGGGCGGGGGGUGUCGGCCAGGGAUUGUCAUGCCGUUGAGAGGGGCAGCGUGCACGGAGAUGGAAGGGCGGUCCUCGGGAUUCAACACGGGUACCGCGGAAGGAGAUGAGUUUCGUGGAAGGGAAGUAGGGGAGAAAAUGGAGCAACGGAGGGGAGCGCAAGAAGGGGAGGAAGAAGGGGAGGAUGAAGAGGAAGAAGAGGAGGAAGGGGAGGAAGCGGGAGAAACGGAGCUACUUGAUUUGCUUGAAGGAAGGGAGGGUGCUGGAUCUCGAGACGACGAGGUGGAACACAGUGAGGACGAUGCCGGAUCUGGAGAGUCGUCUGACGAGUUCGAACAACUGUACGGAGAGCAUCACGAGGAUGAUGUCGACGACGAUGCCACGGCAAUAGAGAUAGAGACAAAGGUCGUUAGCAGCCUUUCCGCACAACCUGAAGACUAUGCGGUCCGACCACUGACGUCUGUUGUCGACUUGCAACACCGCUUUGACGAGGCUUCCGUCGCUAUCAGCCCGUCUAAAACAAGUCGGCGUAUAAGCAUCGACGAAGGUAUCGACGGUAUCCUGGGCGACCACAACGUGUCUGUCCGUCUGUCCACAACGCCUGACGUCACUGGCAACGUCACGUCUCCCGUUGCAGCUGCCCUCGCUUCAUCGCCGCCAAAGUCCCUGGUCCUGCCGGCCACCCUUGCCGCCGGAGAGGAAGGCGAGGUCGGGGGACGACAACAUGUCACGUCCCCAAAAAAAUUGAGGGUCGGCGGUCAAGCUCUCGACGUGCUCGUUUUGCCCGCGCCAAAUUCCCCAUCGAAGGAGCGGAGAGAGAAACAGACUGGUAAGCCGUGAAGAACGCCACACUGCCUGCGCGUCCGGAUGUCGUCGGAUUACAGUCCGCGUUGUCCACACU